CGAUACCCAGUAUGUGGUGACAUGCAUGAUCAUUGCUUUCGGUCUUCCUUUGACCCUCAUGGCCAUCUAUGCACUUUUUUAUAUGGUUUCACUCUGAAGAAUGGAAGAUUUCUACAUUAACAGCACCUCACAGGACCAAAGCUCUGAUUACAGCAACAUCACCUUUGACUACAAUGUUGACAACAGCACCUCCUACUACGAUGAAAAAGCUAAAUCCAUCAUGUUUGUGGUGACAUGCUUAAUCAUUAGUGUCGGACUUCCUUUGACCCUCGUGGCCAUCUAUGCUCUUUAUUCUAUGGUGAGAAGGGAUCAUGUUGCUCCGAUCUACGUCAUCAACCUUCUAAUUUCUGACCUCCUUCAGCUCUGCUACAUGAUCUUUGAGGUGGCAAACAUUAAGGAUGGGAAUGUACGUAAAAUCUUCUCUUUUAUUUACUACUCCGGUCUGAUUGCCAGUGUUGGGUUCAUGGUCUGCGUCGCCCUGGAAAGGUAUUUGGUCAUCGUCCACCCACUGUGGUACCGCUUCAGACGAACCAUCAAGACCUCUGUGGCGGUCUGUGUCCUGGUUUGGGCCCUUCCUCUUGUCUUUUUCAUUAGUAUAUUUCUUGAGACUUAUGUGGAAUCCAACCAAGUCUUCAUCAUCAUCAUCCUCCUUCCCUUCCCACUGUUAAUAUUCUUCCUGGUUGGGACCUUCAGAGCCCUGUCUGCUUCCAUCUCGGUCCCCUCUGAUGAAAAACGACGAAUUGUGGGAGUUUUGUUGCUGGUACUGCUUAUUUACACACUGCUGUACCUGCCCACCAUCAUUAUGAUCCUGGUAGACCACACGAACGAUACCCUCUUCUACCUGUCUUUCAUGUUAAUUAAGUUGAGUCCUCUUGCAGACUUAGUCCUGUAUGUCUUCAUGAGGAGGGGGACCAUAGACAAGCUUUUGGCCUCUGUGUGUUGUUGCAGAAUGGACAGCAAUGAAAUCAGCAGUUCAUCCAUAUGA